AUGUCAUCUAAAUAUCUCAUUCUGUUGGUGUUAGCUGUGGUGGACGCGCGGUAUCACCCUGAGGCACCUGAACCAAGGAACUUACCUCCUAUAAAUCCUUUAGAGUAUACAGCAGAAUAUUGGUUCAAUGAGGCACAGGCAGCUUUACAGAAACGCAGUCAACGCGACUCAGGUCAGAAUGUGGCUCGAAAUCUCGUCAUGUUUCUGGGAGACGGCAUGUCAGUACCAACCAUGGCUGCAGCGCGAACGUUGAAGGGCCAGAAUGAAGGCAGAACUGGGGAAGAAGAGGAAUUGUUCUUCGAAAGUUUCCCUGGCAUUGGUUUAGUCAAGACCUACUGCGUCAACCAGCAGAUUGCUGACUCGGCAUGCACGGCGACUGCCUACCUCUGCGGCGUGAAGAACAACUACGGCACCACCGGAGUGACGGCUGCGGUCGCCAGGAGAGACUGUAACGCCUCAAAUAUUGAAGCCAAUAGGGUACAGUCUAUCGCUGAAUGGGCCCUGGCUGAGGGAAAAGAUGUUGGUAUAGUGACGACCACCCGAGUGACGCACGCGUCUCCCUCAGGAGCCUAUGCCAAGACAGCCAACAGGAACUGGGAGAAUGACGCUCAAGUUCUCGCGGAUUCUCAAGACCCCGAAGUAUGCGCUGAUAUUGCUCAACAGCUGAUUAACAUGAACCCUGGCAAACAGUUUAAGGUUAUUUUAGGCGGGGGAAGACAAGAAUUUAUUCCACAUAAUAUAACUGACGAAGAGGGUGAACCAGGGUUGAGAACCGAUAAUCGCAAUUUAAUUGAAGAAUGGCAGCAGGAUAAGACUGACCGCAAUCUGUCGCAUGCUUAUGUUUGGAAUAAAGAUCAACUAAAAAGUCAGUUUGAGUCCCCGCCAGAAUAUUUGUUAGGACUCUUCGAGGGCUCCCAUAUGCAUUACCAUUUAGAAGCGAAUCCUGAUACAGAGCCUACACUUGAAGAGAUGACAGAAAUAGCUAUUCGUAUGCUAAGUCGCAACGAGAAAGGGUUCUUCUUGUUUGUAGAAGGCGGUCGAAUAGACCAUGCUCAUCACGCUAACUAUGUGCAUCUUGCUCUUGAUGAAACACUGGAGUUGGACAAGGCCGUUGGCAAAGCUACGGAUAUGCUUUCUGAGGAUGAUAGUCUGAUUGUAGUGACUGCUGAUCACUCUCAUGUAAUGGCGUUCAACGGCUAUAGCGCUCGUGGAAAUUCAAUUUAUGGGUUGUCUUCCCAAACUGAUAGCGACAGAAUGCCGUACAUGACCAUCUCAUACACAAACGGUCCUGGAGCGCGUAAGCAAGUAAAUGGUGUCCGUGACGAUAUAACGAAAGAGAGCAACUUUGGUGAACUUAGGUGGCGCGCGCACGUGGACGCCCCUCGGAACAGUGAAACUCACGGUGGUGACGAUGUGGCUAUCUUCGCGCGAGGCCCCCACUACCGUCUCUUCUCUGGUCUGUACGAGCAGAGUCAGAUCCCGCAUCUCAUGGCAUAUGCUGGCUGUAUCGGCCCUGGACUACACGCAGAAGGAUGCAAUGGAGCUAACACUGUUCAUGUGACCGCCAUCUUGAUUGUGAUCACAACUGCUGUUAAAUUCUUAUUUCUCUGAUAGUUUUAAGGAAAUUAUGAUCAUGUUUAAUAUAGUUAUUUUAAAGCCGCCAUAUGAAAUACUAGAGGCGAUGAAUUGAUCGUGAUUUGAAACUCUAGAAACCCUAUUCACGAAUUUGGAGUAGGCAUAUGUCUUAUUGGGGCGCUCAAUCAGAAUUGGAGAAAUUCAGAGAGAGAAGAUAUAUUGUCAUAUCAAUAUAAUUUUUUUUAAUAUGUAGGGUGUCGGUUGUACUGUCCCAACUUUAAUAUUAUAAAUGCGAACCAAUUUUAUUGACAUUUGCGUAUAUAUAAUUAGGAGUCUGGAGAAGGACAUCUUUGCAUCUCAGUAAAAUCUAAAGUUCCCGUGGGAUUUGCGAAAAAUGCACGCUUUGUUUUUUAUCCGGCUCUAGUUUCUGUGUGGUGGUUUACAAGGAUGAGGCUGUGAUUGUAAUUUUUUGUUAUUCCUUCAAGUAUUUUAAAAAUAAAUACGAUAUAUUGUCAUCAUAUUUUCAAGGUAACAAGGCUGUGACUGUUAUAGGUACUUACUUAUCUACAAAGUUUAUAACGAAUAAUUUAAGUCGCUGAUUUAUUUGAAAUAAAUUAAAUUUAUUUUUA